AUGACACGAGAACAUUUACACUCUGAUAAAAAUAUUCGAAAAAAGCAAGAACAUAAAAUCCGCCAAAAGUCACAUCCAACACUCAAGCGUCUCCGCGAUGCGUCCGAAGACCCGCUCGAAGGUCCAGGAGCCGCUCAAACGAUUCCUCUAGAGCCGCAAAGGGUGAAGGAGGGACACGAGAGAAGGAGGGAUGGACGGGGUUUCGGGAAGACGGAGAAAGAGAGAUGUCGAGUCAGAGGAGGUGAGAGAAGAAAAGAGAAAUGUAGAGCGGGAGGAACAAAGAAGGAGAAAUCUAGAGCUGGAGCAAGUGAGACGAAGAAAGUUGCAGAGAGGGUGAAACUAAAAAGGAGAAAUCUAGAGAAACAAGUGAGACGAAUCGAGGGUGAAACUAAGAAGAAGAAAUCUAGAUCUAGAGAAAGUGAGACGAAGAAAGAUGAAGGGAGGGUGAAACGAAGAAAGAGAAAUCUAGAUCCAGAGCAGGUGAGACGAAGAAAGGAAGACACAGAAAAGUUGAAACAAAGAAACAGAGAUCCAGAAUCAGAGGAAGUGAGAUAA